AUGAUGGCUCCAGAAAGUACAUCACAUUCAAACGGAUUAGACAAAGGCGACUCCACACGACAUUUCGUUGCUAAAUAUGAAGAAUGGAUCCAUAAGUCGAUCCCAGAAAGUCUAGUCAUGGAGGAGGAUCGUGUGGAAACCGAGUCUGCACUUUCAGAAAACGAAAUCUUUGGUUUUAAGAACGAGAUCAAGUCACUAGAGAACUUCUUGUUGGAUCGAAAGGUCUACAAGGAGUUCAAGAGCCUUGUGGUUUUGGGAGAAUACGGCGUAGGGAAGACAACAUUGUGCCAGAUGGUCUUCAAUAAUGAAGAUGUGAAGAGCGUUUAUGCCCCUCGAAUUUGGAUUUCUAUGUAUAGCAAAGAGAAAAAGGAAGGAGAAGAUAACAAAGUAUUUGUACUGAAGAGGAUCUUGAAGGGUCUUGGUGUUGAAGAUUCGAUCUACAGCGAGGUAGUAGAAGAUGCUGCAAUCAAGCAGGAAGCUGGAGAGAUUAUUGGAGAGACAGCGAAAGAGAAGGAGCUCUCUGCCUUACUCUAUGUACUUAACUUGAAUUUAAAGUGGAAGAAGUAUUUGAUUGUGUUUGAUGACGUGCGAGAAGAGGAUAACUGGAACGAGAUGCUCAGGCUCGAUGAGGACCAACUCAAGGUAACUAAAUGGGGAACACAUCUUUCGGAUGGAUUUCCUAAAGGGUCUGGUGGGAGAGUUAUAUCCACGACCAGGGAUAAGUCACUGGCGGAUAAGCUAGUUGCAAAGAAACAUGAGAUCCAUAGUCUUUGGCCGUUGUCUGAUCCUCAGAGUGUCUGGAAGAUAUAUGAAGCAGAGGUCAUCAAGAAAGGGAAAGAGCUUCCAAGAAACGACAAGAAAUGCAUAGAUGAACUGAUGAACAAGUCUCGUGGUCUUCCUCUAGCUGCUAUACUUAUGGCCAAGCUUGAUCCCGUGUUUGUUGACGAUGAAAAUACUGAGCAGAACGGUUCUAGGCAAGGACCAACCGACCCAGAUAGUAUCUGA